AAUCUAUGUGCGCAAUUCGUCCUUGAUGAACGUUCGAAUAUUCACUCGUUAACAUGGUUCAACUGAACUUUUAUAUAAUGCUUUUACUACUUACUGUGGAUAAAGUUGCAGAAGUAUCUCUAGCAAGACAAAAUUAUAAUUCUCGUUUAUGUGUUGCAACCUGCUAUGCAAGAUGUAAAGAUUUAAAUUUUAAGGUAAGAUUUUCUUGAAUAUUUUAUUCAAAAAUGUAAUAUUUUAAUUAUCAAUACGAUUUUCUGAAAAUGCACAAUUAUACAAAUAUCUUUAUUUUUACAGCCUGCAUACUAUAGACCAUUGGUAUGUAUGUUUUAAUUUAAAUGGCAUGAAAAUUACCUUGUAUUUCGUCUGUAGAUUAAAUGUCAGAAUCAAUGUAGAACAUUAGAAAGUCAUACUUGUCUUACAAACUUUACCAACUGCCAAGAGAGGUGUGUGACAGAAGUUAGACGUAUUGUUCCCGACCCUAAUUGUAGAGAAUUAUGUGCUGACCCAUAUUUGCCAAAUAAGCCGUCACCUUUAAUUUCUUAUAAAAAUAAUCCAUACAUUGUAUUUGUCGAAUGGAAUGAGUCCUAUACUCUUAAUCAUAAUUAUUAUAUUGUUGAAAACUUGAACGUAGAAAAAUGCACUGGAAAUACGUGCGCAUGGAAACACAUCGAGACGACUUCUAAUACAACGAGCUACUUUUAUAUGGAUGUAUGCGAAAAUAGGAAGAUACGUGUUGCCUCAGUUAAUCAACAUGGUACAAGAGGAUAUUCCAAUCCUAUCAUAAGAACAAAUUUCCCUCAACCAAAAGUUCAACUUUUGGAUAAUUCGUUCGGCGCAACUUUUGAUGGUUACUAUUUUUAUAUAAAUGCAACUUGGACAACACCUUUAGAUUGGGAUGAAAGAGACAUUCAAGAAUACGUUAUUAAUCCACAAGUAGCGAAAUAUUGUGAACAUACGACCUUACCACCAGUUCCCAUUGUAGAAAGACGAGAUAAAUUUUCAGCCGAUAUACGAAUAUUUAUAUCUGGCUUUGGAUGUUUGUAUUAUUUUAAUGUGACUGCAAUUUCGAGAUGUGGAGUUAAAGGCAUUCCAGCUGUGUUUAGCGUUAAACUAGAGUGUCGAUCAAUUGAUGGAUUUGAUUGUCCAACUGAAAGACCCAAACAACCUCCACAAGUGCAAAACUUAACAGUUACUACCUUGUCCGGAUAUAAUAACGUUAGAGUGAGCUGGAGGCUGCCCUUAUGGAAUGAAUCCAGACCGGAUUACUAUUUUCUUAUUUGGGGACCUUCCGAAAAUUUUAUUGCUCUUGAUGAUGUAGAGAACACCAAGCUAAUGAAUGACACAAAUUUGACAGAUGUAUUUGAAACUGAGAUUCACGUUCAUAAUAUUACGCAACUAUACCUUUUAGGGGUGGCACCACGAAUUGGAAAGGUGAUUAAGGAUCCAGCCGAUCUUCGAGAUUCAGCGAUUGCUUUCGCAAACUUUUUAGUAGGAGAAAGUGUUGCUACUGAUACGCCUAACACAACAAACACAAAAGGAAUACUCAUUGGAGUACUUCUUGGAACAGCUGCAACCAUUUGUAUAGCAAUUACGAUUGGUUUGACUGUUGUACGAAAGAAGUUAAGAGAAAAACAAAGAAAACGAUCUAAUUUUUCGCCUAAUCCUUUUUAUUAUAAAUGUAAUGAGACGUCGGAUUCCCCUAAACCAGAUGCCUGGGAAGUAAAUAGAAAUGAUCUGCAGAUCAGUGAAAUAUUAGGCGAGGGUAAUUUUGGGCAAGUUGUAAAGGCAACUCUUAAAGGAAGAGAGAAGCCAGUUGCUGUUAAAAUGUUAUUAGAAUAUAGCUCUGUCCAUAGGCCGGACUUUCUUCGAGAAAUUCAGGUUAUGAAACAAGUUGGAGAGCACGAAAAUAUCAUUAAUAUGCUUGGAUGUAUAACAACCUCGGAGCCACCUUGCUUAAUAGUUGAACAUAUGCCAAAAGGCGACCUUUAUCAUUACCUACAAAAUGCAAAGACGGAAAACAAUCUUAUCAAUGUUGAUAAGCUUUUAAAUUUCUCCAUUCAAAUAGCUACAGCAAUGAGUUUCUUAUCGAGUAAGGGAUUUGUUCAUAGAGAUUUAGCAGCAAGAAAUAUUUUACUAGACGAAGGUGAUAAAAUAAAGGUUGGGGAUUUUGGUUUGGCAAGAUUUAUUCAGGAUGACAGAAUAUACGUAUGUCGUAAAGGAGCGAAACUUCCUGUUAAGUGGAUGGCUAUUGAAAGUAUCUUUGAUCUAAGUUUUAGCUCUCAAAGUGACAUAUGGUCUUUCGGAAUUGUCCUCUAUGAACUUAUAACGCAUGGUUCAACACCAUAUCCAUCAUUUUCAAAUGAAGAAUUACUACCUUGCCUAAAAGCAGGUUACAGAAUGCCAAAACCAACAGAAUGCCCUGAAAAAUUAUAUCAAUUAAUGAUACAAUGUUGGAAUGCAAUUCCCAAUAGAAGGCCGUCUUUUGAUAAACUAAAAAAUGAUUUGGAAGAGAUGCUAUCUUAAUUUUCAAAACAUUUAUGACAAACCUUUUUUUAUAAUUUAUAUCUCUUUUUCACUAAUUUUUUUUAAGUAUUUCUUGAUUGAUAAUUAAUUAAUGGUUAUAUAUUUUCUCCUUUUACUACAACCAUUGUCUCAACUUUAUCAUAGAAAUAUAUUACAAUGUACAUAACUGAAAAACUUGAAUGAAAAGUGACAAAAUAUUUGAAAUGUCAAAAUCAAAGAAAAGAAGAGAAUUUCUAUAUUAAUUUUAACAUUUUCGUAUAAAGUAGUUUGUACUUUUUUUAUUAUGAUUCUGCAAAACAAAAUAGAAAAUAGUAAACUAUUGGAAAAUUUAGUAUUCAUAUUGAUUUCCUGUGUAGUUUACAAUACUUCCUCAAGUAUAACUUGGCAUAUUGCGCCAUAUAAACGACUAUUGGAUUUAGUAUACAGCUGUUUCAAUAGCGAUAACUUUUUGGACGU